UAAGGACAAGACUACGCGAGCUUCUCGAGGGUGUUGUUUCGUGAUAUGCCCGUCCAGAGAAGAAGCAGACAAGGCUGUUAAUGCGUGCCACAACAAGAAGACACUUCCUGGGGCUUCCAGUCCAUUGCAAGUAAAGUAUGCUGAUGGCGAAUUGGAAAGACUAGAACACAAGCUUUUCGUUGGUAUGCUACCAAAGAAUGUUUCUGAUGCUGAACUCUUGACCUUAUUUUCACAAUUUGGAACCAUCAAGGAAUUGCAAAUUAUUAGAGGGUCUCAGCAAACUAGUAAAGGAUGUGCUUUUAUGAAAUAUGAGCAGAAAGAACAAGCUGUUGCCGCCAUAAAUGCCCUCAAUGGAAAGCAUAGAAUGGAGGGUUCCACAGUCCCCUUAGUAGUCAAAUGGGCAGAUACAGAAAAGGAAAGGCAAGCUCGGAGGGCUCAAAAAGCUCUAUUUCAAGCAUCUUCGCCUGACUCCGGACAUCAUCCAUCUCCAUAUGAAGCUUUACCUAUUGGUUAUAUGCCUCCGUACAAUGGAUAUGCUUAUCAGAGUCAUGGAACAUAUGGAAUCAUGCCAUACCGCUUCCCACCAGUGCAGAACCAACAUGGUUUUCAGAAUAUUGUUCCACCGCCCGCAAAUCAAGCAAGCACAGUACCUGGCACCACUUCUGAUCCUUCAUCCAGAUUGACCCCAAGAAGCUAUGCCAUGUCUCCAGCAAGUUACUUAAGAUCUCCUUACUCUGUUCCUGGGGUUCAGUAUCCGAUGCCAUAUCCUGGAGGAGGAAUUUUGAAUAAUAAUAGACCUUUUAGUAAUUCUCUGGGUGCUAACAGCUCAUCUGCAGCAUCUUCAAGCAUCAACUCAGUAUCUGGGGGUCAGAUUGAAGGUCCUCCUGGUGCCAAUUUAUUUAUUUAUCAUAUUCCACAAGAAUACGGUGAUCAAGAACUAGCAAAUGCAUUUGAACCAUUUGGUAGGGUCUUGAGUGCAAAGGUUUUCAUAGACAAGGCAACCGGCAUUAGCAAAUGUUUCGGAUUCGUCAGUUAUGACUCUCCAGAAGCUGCACAAGCUGCUAUUAACAGUAUGAACGGCUACCAAUUAAAUGGGAAAAAAUUGAAGGUUCAGCUUAAAAGAGACAAUAAACAAACCAGACUUCAUUGAUAUAUAUCAAGCAAGGUGUGGGAAUUAUAUGCAUCAAUGACAACACAGUUUACUGGCUUAGGAUUGCAAUUUCAGGCGUAUUACACGAUUAACCUACAUGGCUACUGGAGCCACUCAUGGGAUUGAAGCAUGGGAAACAUGUAAUUUGUGAUUUUUUGGGGGGUUCUGAUGUAAUUUCUGUAUAAUGAUCAUUUUCAUUCAGACAUCAAUUUUUUAAAAUUAUUCUAUUAAUUUAUGGACCUGAUUUCAUUUGCUCCUUCAUUGGUCAAAAGCCUUUUCAUUUCUUAACUGUU